AGAAACUUUAAAGAAUUUUGUUAAUAAAUGCAGCUGCAUUAAUCGACUACCAACUAUGAACACUAUGCUGUCAACAAAAUUACCAAAAAACCUUCAAAUAGGACUUAGUUUAAAAAAACAACAUGAAAUAAUACAUUUGACACAUUUGAUACACACGCAGUGUGCACCACAGAAUAUUAAAAUUAUUGUUGAUUUGGGUACAGGCUUGGGGUAUAUUUGUCAAUUAUUGUUCCAUUUAUAUGGAUAUCAAGUUCUUGGACUUGAAAAAAAUCAAGCAAUUGUAAAUAAUGCUCGAAAUAGGCAACUUAAAAUGUAUCCUGAUUCAUUAGCAUAUGUUAAAUAUAACUGUUGUGAUUUAACACACAAUUCGGUUGAAACAAUAGAAACCAUUUUAUAUAAUGAAUUUCGGGAGAAGUCAGAUGUUUGUUUAAUUGGCUUACAUGCCUGCGGGGAUCUUAGCAUACAUGCAUCGAAAAUAUUUCGAGAUAUGAAAGCGGCACGUGUUUUUAUUAUGGUUCCUUGUUGUUACCAUAAACUUUCAAUAUCAAAAAAUAUAAAAAUAAAUACAUCAAAUGAAAAACAAUACUUUCAUAAUUUUCCCUUAUCUAGUUGUCUUAAAAGUGCAAUUAAUAAUAAUAACUUUGAUAUUGGUUUUUUUUUGAGACAACCAUUUUUACGGUUAGCAUGCCAAGAGCCAGCAGAUAGAUGGUGUAAUAUGUCUAUUAAAACACACAAUGAACAUUCUUUUUAUGUUCUUGCAAGGGCUGUCCUUCAGUUAUAUGCAGCUAAAAAUGGAUUCUUUCUUAAGAAACGUAAUCGUAAAGGAACAAGAAAAUCCCAAUGUUUAAAUUUUGAAACUUAUGUUAGAGAUUCAUUACACAGAUAUAUUUUACAACCAUCAAAAGGGGAUAAAGUUGAAGAACAAGAUGUACAGUCCAAUCUUGACAUGCAUGAAAAAAAUAUAAUGCAAUUAUGGAAAGUUCACUGUAAUAAACUAAAAAUUGUAGAAAUGUACACUGGUUUACAAUUGAUGUUGCAAGCGCCAGCAGAGUCGUUUAUUUUACAAGAUCGAUUAUGUUGGAUGGCAGAACAGGGUUUAGAAGCAAAAAUUAUUCCAGUUAUGAAUAAACGUUUAUCCCCACGUGCAUAUGCAAUUGUAUCUCGAAAAAGGCAAUAA